GAAGACUUAACGCACGCGCAUAAUGUGAAACCAAGCUUCGGUCUCUCUCGGUUCUCCCUCUCCCUUUUGUCUGUCUCUCUUAUUACAACAAAUCCAAUGUUGGGGAUUUUUGUAUAAAACCUAAUACUAAAACCCUCUCUCUCUUUUUUUUAUUGGAAAAGGUUUCUUGCUUAGUAUUUAUAUAUUAUUGUUGAGAAUUGGGGAUUUAGGGUUUUUAUUCUGAUAGAUCUCUGAUUCUCAUGGACGCACCAGUUCACGAGGGACAAGACCGCAUCGCUCCAACUGGAGAUAGACCUGUAGAGCCUCAUAUUUCGAUGGAGCAGGCACUUUCAGCCAACGAUGAAAGGAUUGUUUCAGCAAAUCCUUCUCUUGAUGCAGCCUUUGUAGUUCCCUCAAGGGAGGUCAUCCAACGACUGGAAACGUCCAAUACAGGGGGAGAUUUUUUCUCAUCCCGUCCUCAAAAUGCUUACGCUUCUCAUGAACAAAUGAGGUUUUAUGGUGGUUAUGGAAAUAGCACUGGUACAUGGGAUGGAUAUUCUCAAUAUGUUAAUACUGAUGGCUUGCAGAUAUCUCCUGUUGUCUACAAUGAUAAUCCGUCUCUCAUGUUUCAUUCUGGUUAUGGCUUCAAUCCCGAAAUGGCAUAUGGGCAAUAUUCUCCUGUUGGUGCUCCUCUAACUCCUAUUUUAAUAGAUGGCCAGCUGUUCUCCCCACAGCAGGUUCCAUUCUCUCCUAGUUAUUACCCCCAACAUGCUACUUUGAAUGUGCCUUCGUCAGUUCCUGUUUCGCCUUCUGAGCUGAUAAGUUCUGAAAGUAGUGGUGAAAACUUGCUUUUUGGGCCAGGAUCAAGUUACCUAGUACAGUUUGGAUCAUUCGGUGGAGGAAAUGUGCCUGGUAAUGUUUCUUGUCAUUUGAACUCUCCAGCACCUUAUCCUCAACCAAUGGGCAUACUGGGUUCAUAUGAACAUCAUAUAGGACAGCUUUCUCAACAACAGAGACCGUUGCAUGGAUUUGGAGUGGCAUCUCCCAUCGGACGCCACUCACAUAGCGGCUCUUAUCAAAGUUCUACCUUUGACAGUGCUUCUAUUUCGUAUACUGGGUCUAACGAUCGUACUCGCCUUAUCCUUGACAAGGGUAGGAGAAGAGAGAGGGACCAAGAUUCUAUAUACAUUUCUAAUGAUUUAUCUGGUUUGGACCGUAAUCGAGGUCCUAGGGCUUCAAAGUUUAAGGCCAAGAGCAGCAUUGAUCAGAGCUCUUCUUCUGGUAAUGGCAGAAAUGAUUCCAGCUCCAAAAAUCACAGUGAUAUUUAUAAUAGGCAAGAUUUCCCCACAGAGUAUGAGAUUGCUAGGUUCUUUAUCAUCAAGUCUUUCAGUGAAGACAAUGUUCACAGAAGUAUCAAAUACAAUGUCUGGGCCAGUACACCACACGGGAACAAAAAAUUAGAUUCUGCUUAUCAUGAAGCGAAGGGGAUGGAAGGCAACUGCCCAGUGUUUCUAAUGUUUUCGGUCAAUGCUAGUGGUCAAUUCUGUGGUGUGGCUGCAAUGGUUGGACCUGUAGACUUUGAGAAAGAUGUGAAUUACUGGCAACAGGAUAGGUGGAGUGGGCAAUUCCCAGUCCAAUGGCAUAUUGUUAAAGAUGUUCCUAACAGUCGAUUCCGCCACAUACUACUUGAAAAUAACGAAAAUAAGCCUGUUACUCAUAGCCGAGAUUCUCAGGAGGUGAAACUAGAACAGGGUAUUGAGAUGUUGAAAAUCUUCAAGGAUUAUGAUUCGCGCACUUCUAUCCUUGAUGAUUUUGAUUUUUACGACGAUCGAGAAAGGGGUUUGAAGGAAAGGAAGUCGAGACAACAAGCUCUUUCAAUAGGAGAUGCUCCUAAUUUUGUUGGGGAAGAAUCCAUAAAUCAAGUAGCUGACAGUCUCGCUCUACAGCUCCACUUGGACGAAGAAGGGAAUAAAGUGAUCCUAUCAAAUGAAACAGGUGGAAGCUCAGUAGCUGCAACAGAUGGUUCGGAUUCAGUUUCUGAAACAACCGGUGGCAGUAACCAGAACUGAGACUGUUCCAAGUUGAUUUUGGACGGUAGUGGGUGUUGGGAAGCGCUUUCUGAGAAAUUUACUUUAGCCUGAAAACUCUUUCUCCUUGUAAGUUGUGAUCCCGUGACUUCUUUGCUCAUUGAUGACAUUGGAGGUGGUAUUCCAGGCAUCUUGUGAAGUAAAGGCUGCGAAUGGUGGGAGUUUUUUUUUUUUUAAAAAAAUCCGUGGAACAUCAGGAGUUCGGGACAUUUAAGAGGUGGGCUUGGUAGAGCAGAGAGGCGGGCAUUUUGGUAUCAUAGACAUCUCAUUCAAUUUAAAUUUCUGACUUGUUCUAUUCGUAGAAGGCAUAGACAUGCUGUGGCAGAUGUGAAGGAGAAUGGAUAUUAGGCUAGCUUUGUAUACUACCUACAUCUUGCCUUGUGGAUGUAAUCUUGUAUCUUUCACCCUUUAUUGAGGGGUCUUUGCGGAGAGGAAAAAGAAAUUGUGAUAGUCACCUAUGUCUCAGGAGGCAAUUACUAUUUAAUAAAAUGAAAAAUACAAGUAUGGUUUUUGGUUUUCGAUU